AUGAACUUGGCUAAAGUGACCAUAAACUUGUCAAUUUUAGAGACCCAGUUGCCGAAAUGCAAGAAUCUUAAGCGGUUCAAUCAAAUUCUAUCUCAGAUGAUCCUCACUGGUUUCAUUAGAGACACAUAUGCAGCAAGUAGAGUCCUCAAGUUUUCAACCGACUCAUCUUUCAGUGACAUUGAUUUGUCAUUUAGAGUUUUCAAUCAAAUUGAGAACCCAAAUGGGUUCAUUUGGAACACUAUGAUGAAGGCUUAUAUACAAAGAAGCUGUCCCCAAAAGACUUUGGGUCUUUAUAAAUUGAUGUUGGUUAAGAAUGGGGAUAGAGAUAACUAUACUUACCCAAUUCUAGUUCAAGCUUGUGCUUUGAGAGGAGCAGAGUUUGAAGGGAAGCAGAUGCAUAGUCAUGUUUUGAAGUUUGGGUUUGGUUCAGAUGUGUAUGUGCAGAACACAUUGAUCAAUAUGUAUGCUGUUUGUGAGAAUAUGAGGGAUGCACGCAAUGUGUUUGAUGAAAUGCCUGUGUUGGAUUCGGUUGCAUGGAAUUCGAUAUUGGCAGGAUAUGUUAGGGUGUGGAAUGUGGAGCAGGCAAAGUGUAUAUAUGAGAAAAUGCCUGUGAGGAACACGAUUGCUUCGAAUUCUAUGAUUGUGUUGUUUGGUAAAAGAGGUUGUGUGAAUGAGGCUCGGCGGUUGUUUGAUGAUCUGCCUCAGAAGGAUAUGGUUUCGUGGAGUGCGUUGAUUUCUUGUUUCGAGCAAAAUGAGAUGUAUGAGGAUGCUUUGGAAAUGUUUGUGAAAAUGGUUGCUGAGGGAGUUAUGGUGGAUGAGGUUGUGGUGGUCAGUGUGCUUUCGGCAUGUGCACAUAUGUCAGGUGUCCACACAGGGAAGUUGAUCCAUGGGUUAGUUGUGAAAAUUGGAAUUGAAAGUUAUGUUAAUCUUCAAAAUGCUUUUAUUCAUAUGUAUUCGAGUUGUGGGGAGAUAAUAGUUGCGGAGAAACUGUUCAAUGCAGCCUACAAUCUGGAUCAGAUAUCUUGGAACUCAAUGAUAUCAGGGUACUUGAGAUGUGGUUUAGUCGAAACUGCUCAGAGAUUAUUUGAUUCCAUGCCUGAGAAGGAUGUAGUGUCUUGGAGUGCAAUGAUAUCAGGCUAUGCUCAGCAUGAUCGCUUUUCAGAAACUUUGGCAUUGUUCCAGGAGAUGCAGCUUUCUGGAAUUAGGCCUGAUGAGACCACUUUGGUGAGCGUCAUCUCUGCAUGCACUCAUUUGGCUGCCCUUGACCUGGGCCAAUGGAUUCAUGCUUAUAUAAGGAAAAAUAGGCUUAAAGUUAAUGUGUUUCUUGGGACAACCCUUAUUAAUAUGUACUUGAAAUGUGGGUGUGUGGAAAAUGCAUUGGAGGUCUUUGAGGAGACGGCAGAAAAGGGAGUUUCUACUUGGAAUGCCCUAAUUCUUGGGUUGGCAAUGAAUGGGUUGGUGGAGAAGUCCCUUGAAAUGUUUUCAGAGAUGAAGAAAUGUGGUGUGGCACCUAAUGAGAUAACCUUUAUGGGAGUUAUGGGAGCUUGUCGUCACAUGGGCUUAGUAGAUGAGGGGCGUCGCCAUUUUGAUUCCAUGAUGCAGGAACACAAGAUAGAACCCAAUGUUAAGCAUUAUGGAUGCAUGGUUGAUCUUCUCGGACGUGCAGGUUUGCUCAAGGAGGCAGAAGACCUCAUUGAAAGUAUGCCUAUGACACCAGAUGUUGCGACAUGGGGUGCCUUACUGGGGGCUUGUAAGAAACAUGGGGACCAUGACAGGGGUGAGAGGAUAGGAAGAAAACUCAUUGAGCUCGAUCCUAACCAUGACGGCUUCCAUGUGUUGUUGUCCAAUAUAUGUGCUUCAAAAGGUGAUUGGGAUGGUGUUCAUGAGAUUAGGGGAAUAAUGAUGCAACAUGGGGUGGUAAAGACCCCCGGUUGUAGCAUGAUUGAAGCAGAUGGUGUAGUUUAUGAAUUUCUAGCAGGAGAUCAGAAACACCCUCGAAUGAAAGAAAUUGAGGUAAUGCUAUAUGAAAUGGCUCAGAAGCUGAAGAGGGAAGGUUAUGCACCAGAUACAAAUGAGGUAUCCUUUGACAUUGAUGAAGAGGAGAAGGAAACUGCUCUUUUCAGACACAGUGAGAAACUGGCAAUUGCCUUUGGACUAAUUGCUAUCAGUCCACCGUCGCCAAUACGGAUAAUAAAGAAUCUGCGAAUAUGUAAUGAUUGUCACAUGGCAGCAAAGUUCGUCUCAAAAGCUUUUGGUCGUGACAUUGUGGUGAGGGAUAAACAUCGGUUUCACCACUUUAAGCAGGGAUCUUGUUCCUGCAAUGACUACUGGUAG